GACGACUCGUGUUUGUAUGGAAAUCAAUGUAUGUUGUGCUAACGCAGUGUGAAAUAAAUGGUUGCGAAAGUGAAAUCUGAAGUGUUUUUAUAUUAUUUGUUUUAAACAAUACUCUUUACUAAAAUUAUAAACAAUCAAAAAAUAUUAUUUAUCAAACAAUUUUCUUCUAGAACACAUGUCAGCACUUCAAACUUUCCAAUUUAUGAAUUUUCAAUCUAUAUAUUGCCAAAUUUCUACAAAAUAUUGCCUUGAUACUAGAUUAAGAGAAGCAAAAAUUCGUGUGAAAUUUUUCUUCGCGAUCAUAAAUAUUAAUGUACACUUAAUUUGAAUGUGAAGUUCCGAUUUAAUUAAAAAUGCAGAAUAAAUUUUGCUUGAAUCUAUUCGUGGUCUUGGCCGCAUUCUUCCAAGGAAUUUGGUCUUUUGCAAAUCCAAGUGACAUUUGUUCGCUAAAUUUUGAUCCUGGUUUAUGUAUCAGUGAGAUUCGGAGGUUUGGUUUUAAUUCUGAGACAGGAAAAUGCGAGGAGUUUACUUAUGGGGGAUGUGAUGGAAAUCGUAAUAAUUUUGAGGCUAAGGAAGCCUGCGAAGCAGCUUGUGUGGGACUCUGUUUACUAGAACUUAUAACUGGUCCUUGCAGAGGUUCAUAUACGGUAUUUGGGUUUGAAUCUGAUACAGGAAAAUGUGUGAAAUUUAUUUAUGGAGGAUGCGCAGGAAAUGGCAAUAGGUUUACUUCUCAGGAGAAAUGUCAAAAAGUUUGUGGAAAAGUAACACCGCUAAGUACUGCCAAUGAAUCCAAAGAGAUCACAGUGGAUUGUCUCAAUAAUUGUGAAAUGGAAAAUGUCACUGAGAUAACGUCACCAUAAGCUUCAAAAAGAGAUCUUAAAAAUGUAUACCUACGUGAAUACAAAUAAAAUUAUAAAAAGGGGGGACGGGAAUAUUUGUGAAAUACAAUUUGACUUAGAAAAUAAUACAA